AAAUGCCUUGGGAGGGGCAGGGGGCAGCUGGGACCCCUGAUUUGGAGGGCUUGGGUCACCCCUGCAACCCGCGCAGCGUUGGGGCUGGGGGCUUUGUGGGACACCCCGCUGCUCCCCUUUCUCGUGGGGUUGGGUUACGUGUCGUUAUUACGCCGUGCUGCUCGCUGCCCCCUCACUGCCCCCCAGCAUGGGGUCACCGGGCCAAAUCUGCAACGCUGUGGGCACCCCCUGCCCCACAGCCCACGCACCCGCCCCACUGUCGCCGCGUCCUGACCCCAUCCGCAGUUCAACCCGAGGCCCGGACACACGAAUCAAUGAAUUCCCCAAACGGGGAGGUCCGGGGGAGGGGAGAAUCCCGGCACAGGAAAAAGCUCUGAACUGGGCGAGCCGUGGGCAGAGCGGUCCGGGCCGCCCCACAGCGCGGCCCUACGCGCAACCCCGUCUCCUGGCACACAGCUCCGCCGCCCACCCUCGGCCCCUCUGCCCCAUGUUCCGUUCUCGCCGUGCCGCGCUGCUGAGGCGGCUGUGGCGGCAGCGCUGCCCGACCCCCGGCCCCGAGGAGGGUCCCGGUGCCCUGAAACCCGCGGCGCACGCCCUGUUCAAGAAGCUGAAGGACGAGGAGCUGGAGCUGCUGCUGCAGGCGGUGGAGAGCCGUGGUGCCUGGGAGUCCGGCUGCGUCUGGGUGCCUCGGGGGCCAAGUCAGGCGCUGCCCCCCAGGUGCUGCUGUGCCGCCUGUUCCGCUGCCGACCUGCGGCAGCCCCAUGAGCUCAAGCAUCUCUGCACUGCCAGAGCUCGGGGCCGGGGGGCUGACGGGGAUGCGGCCGUGCUCUGCUGCAACCCCCAUCACUUCAGCCGUCUGGCUGCGCCCGAGACCCCUCCACCCCCUUACUCGAAGUCCAUCAGCCCCUCCUGGCCAGCUGAGCCCAAGUCCCCCCAGCUCCUGGAGUUCAGCUGCAACCACGCAGAAUGGCGCGGUAAGGGGCGAAAACGCGGUACCCAAAAAAACCAGUGCAGGACUGGGAGCUGAUGUGGGACGCGGGCUUCUACUGGGAGGAUCCACCCCCCUCCCCCUCUCA